GAUUACUCUGCAGUGAAUAUUUUUUUUUAAUGAUAAUUUUUCAUACUUUCCUUUUGAAAUGUUAAUAGCAUGGUUUAUAGAUAUGCUUUCAGGACAUGUAGGAAGAGAAUUGAUUGGACGAGGACUUAUCGUCUUAGUAUUUCAGAAUAGUAUGGCAAAGGUUGCUACAGCUGGUCCUUUAUCUUCUGACUCUUCGUUUUGGUGGGGGUUCUGGGAAGGUGGGGGCAGGAGUUAAAAGGAAGACACCAUCGGAAUUGAGAGGAGAGCAGUUAAAGCAAAGGAACGUUAUAGAGCUUGUAGAUGAAUCUCCGGCUCCUUUGCUUGGUUCUACAAAGAACACAAUUGAGCUCAAGAAACAAGAUGCAUUCGAAGUUCCAAGAUGCAUUGACACCCGUAUGGAUGGAGUUUUUCCUGCUAAAAAGUCUAGGUUUAGGAUGCUUUCUGGAAAAGAAAAUGCUAAGGAAGAUAUUUCAGCUGCGCCAGCUGGCUGCUUGAAGAAUAUCUGUGUUUCUUUGAAUUCAGUUGUCAAGAGUCAUCCACAACUUUCAUGUCCAGAGAAUACUGUGGCUUCAGCUGCAGUUUCCAAAGAUGGUACAAGGCAAGAUUGUGAAUAUGCUGAAAAGUGCAGUCAAAGCACAUUUCGUAGUGUGGCUGAAUUAUCACUUGGUAGUGAGAGGAUAUCUGAAAUGGCUGUUGUUGAUAUGGAUAAAGCAUUAAAAGGGCUGGUUGCCUGUGAACCCCGUGCUUUUUCUGGUUUAGCUGCUGAUUCUUCUGAAAAGUUCGACAAUUUUACUUCAAUCUCUUCUGGCCAUUUCUGCUCUGAAUUUCAUAUUCCUGGGCAGAAGGCCCCACUGGAUUUUACAUUAAAAACUAAUAUGCAGAUAGUGUCUUCUUCCUCUGUGAACUGGUUUCAUAUAUUGAACAUGUCUGCUACUUACAAUGGUACAACUACACCGCAAUUUGGUUGUUCCAAGGAUCAAAAUAUUAGCUGCUCCUCUGGGAUCACUUCCACUGCCCAAAUAUUCAAUUAUAGAGCUUUGCACUCAUGGGUGCACCCUCAGUCUUCUCUACCACCUUCUGUCAUAUCAGCAUGGAACUUAUCUGCUACAGAUGGAGUGGAAACGGAUUUCUUAAUCAAACGACAACUAGCAUGGGAAGACUCAUUUCGAAGUCUCUAUUACAUGCUUAGAAAGAAUAUUUGUAAUAUCUUCUAUGUUUGUACUUCACAAUUUGUGGUGGUGUUUGCUAGUGGUGAUGGCUCAGGAGGAAAGAAACAGUUCUCUAAUGCUUAUAUCUCCCAGUCAACAAGAGGCUUAAGGUCACUGUUGAGAGAGCAUGAUGUUUGUUUCUCUAUGCCUCUUUGUCGUUCUAAAGUAGAAUAAGUCACUACUGAAGACCUGGUUGAGCUCUCAGAGAUUGAGAAACGCAAUCUGGGCCAGACUUGACGUCUUAGUUCCAUAUCUGAUGUGGAUAACAGUCCAUAGUCUUUGCUGUCUUUUAGUGGAAACAAGAAUGUGCAUGCUUUAUAUGACUUUAUGCUAAAUUAUAGAUCUUUCUUGACCUCCUUGACAAGUGUGGAUGUUCCUCUUCUGUAUUCACCUGUUCCAUUUCAAAAUGCUGCUCUUUCUGCCCAGAGGUCAGUUGCGGGGAGUUGAAGAGAGCUGAUCAUGUUGUUUUUCCUCUUAAAGGAUCCAAAAUGAAAGAUGAAGCAAAUGAAAGUGUUUCGGCUGGUCUCUCCUACAACAUUGAAAUCAAGGAUGCUUACAUUCCACCGUGGAUAAUAUCCAAUAUAUGUGCAACCAUGGGUUCUGCAAGGAGGAGCUUUGAGGUAAGGUAUGACAAAUUUUGUCACUGUGCCUAAUUAUUUUCUAUGAUUAGCCCUGAUCUCACUACAAAAAGCUGCAGUAAUGGUAGAUGAACAAAUAUAUGUAACUGGGAGCUUUGGCUUUCAGUUAUUCAUCUUACUGGAAAUCAUGUCAUUAGAUAUUAUUUUACGCACUUGUUCAUGUUUGUUGGCAUAUUGUAUAGCCAUAUAUAGAUAGCAUUACCGGCUGGCUAACAAUAAUAAGCUAACUUUAUGUGUGUGCGUGCGUGUGUGCGCACAGUUUUACAACAGAGCCGACUUCAAUUGGCCUUGUUAGAUAGUGUGCAGUUAUUUAGGUUAUUUACUUUUCCUUUUCCUUU